AGCAAUUCAUUUAUUUGGAUUUUUGACACGCCCUCCUGAAGACUGGAGUUAGGGCUCUUACGUGUAACCAUCAUGACCGGGCCUUUCAUUUUCCUGACCAUGAUUCAAGCAAUAUAUGCCACGAAUGAAUUUACAAUCCAAGGAAAUGGUUCAUAUGAAGCCGGGAAACUAAAAGUGGACCUUCACCUCGAGUCGACUAUGAACAUAACAUCUGAAACAACUGUCCCCCCAACUUCUAUCAUGACAACGCUACCUCCAACCACAAACGCGACAACUAUUCCUCCGACGUCGUCGUCGAGAACAUCUCCAGCUGCAUCUGAAACAAUUCCCCCUUCUACACUACCUCCAACACCAGGUCCUACAGUAAAUUCUACGACGCUUGGGCCCGAGACAGGGGCCUCAUCGAGACCCACAAAUAUUACGUCAACUCCAACAACCUUACCGCCAACAGCUGCAAAGGGUGACAACAUAACAAGUACCACAGGGCAACCGACAAUAAGUGCGGCAGUGAAUGUCACUACCCCAACACCUGCGCCAGAGUAUAAUGAUGGAAAACCUUUAGCAAACUCCAAGCAGUUUUCAGCUUUAGAUCGUACAGCCCUCGAGCUGCACAAUUACUAUCGCUCGAUUCACGAGGCGCCUCUCCUAACCCUUGAUGAAAACCUCCGAAAAGAUGCUCAAGAUUAUGCUCUUAAAGUUGCUAGGAGCCAAAUGCUACGGCCAGAACAAGAUUUUGUGCUCAACUCUAAAAAUGAAGGAGAAAACCUGGGAUUUAGAUGCUCGACAAUACGACCUGAUCCUGAGAAAGCCUUGAGACAGAUAAUGAAGCGGUGGUAUGACGAAGGCUGCCAAUACAACUUUCAAGCACCACCAACGGACAAGUACUCGUUCAGACACUUCACACAAAUGACAUGGAAUGGAAGCAGAAGGCUAGGCGUUGGCAUCACCUAUGGGAAAAUUAACAAUCUGCAUUGCUUGUACUUUGUCGCACGUUACAGACCCCGUGGAAACCUGGGAAACAAGCUCAUAUAUAUCAAUAAUGUCAAGAAAGGAGUUUUCGAUUCGUCUUUUUGCAGACCAAUAGUAAAUCAAGUGCCUAACCAAGAGGUCAUUUUAAAAGAAUAAACUGAGAUUAAUUUAACGUGUACAAACAAAUGAAAAGAAAACUGCAAUUUUUCUUUAACAUAUGCUGAAUAUGUAUUUAUAAGAAGUGUAUUAUGAGGCUUUUUAUUACUGAUGAUACUGGUAGCAGAAUAUUUAAGAGUGACGAUGCGUAGUUCAGAAAAGCUAUGUUUAACACAUUAAGAGCUGUUGAAUAAAUAAGGCACCUGUACUUUGAAACUAAUGCAAAACGUGUGGUGAGCGUUUUGAGCAACCACGUCCCUCCCUACUAAGAUUCUGCUAUGUGGUCUGAUACUUUUGUUGUUAGGGAUCGAUCACAACUCCUUUUUCUUUCAUUUUGGGCAAUAUGGCAUAGAUCAAACCCUUAGCUUUUGUUCAACGACUUGUGGUCAUCUGUUGAGAAUUACUAUGGUCACUCUUAGGAACACCUAAAAUUCAGCUAAACAUUCCCGUGACUCAGGGUUGAGCCGGUACAAUGUUCUACGGUUUUCAGGUCAAAUCUACUGUAAUCCCAUCAGCCAGAUUGUAUCUAAUCGCCAUUUCAGUCCCUACCGCUAAAACAAGAUUGAAUCAGAUUAUAGAACUAUUUAAGGAAGUAACCUAGGAUAGCAUUGGCUCAGAACACUUUGUGAUUGAUUAUACAUAGCUUUGUAAGUUAUGCCUACAAUCUUGUUACGGCUUCUACAAUCACGAAAAAUUAACAAAAAAGAGGAAAACUAACUAAAAAGAGGUAAACUAACUAAAAAGAGGUAAACUAACUAACAAGAGGUGCUUGACUAUUCUAUCUUUUAUACAUAAAUUUUAAGGUACCUCGGUGAGCUAACAGCGGAAAACACGACUGGUGGGGUGUUAAAAGCUGGAUUGGUGAAACAACCAGUUAAUUGUACAGGUUCCGGAUGAAUAAAUUCACACCUUUUUCACCUCA